ACCGGAAAUAUCGAUAAGCAUUGGUAGCGUUGGCCGCUGACACUUCUGGAUUCACACCAGUAUAGAUCAGUUGGAGCUCGCACUCCAAACGGCGCGAAACGAUCGUCCGUAAAACGCGUACACGUUAGCAGAACAAACCAGGACCAACGUUCUCGAUCGAUUCGAUUUUUGUUUCUUCCUGUUUUCUUUUCGCGUCGAGUGAAUAUCAACGAAAUUUUCCAUAAAUCCUAUGUGAAAAAACGGCCUGUCGAAGCUUGUUCAGAGUAAACAUGACGGACUGUUCGAUCGACGAAGGGAAAAUGAAAGAGGAAGGCGUGGAACGAUCGAUAGAAAAAUUUAACGAAGGAGUGGAGAAAUCGAAGAAAUUCGGGAUGGAGUCCAGAGAAUUUAACGAGAGCGAGUUGCGGAACAUGAUCAGCAACGAGUUACAGGAACAAGCGCAGGAGAUCAGGAACGAGAUUCUAGAGAUUCUCAAUAACCAAAUGAUCGAUGUGAUAUUGAACGUGCUGAAAAAAAGGGACAAAGUGCCGUCCUACGAGGUGAAGGACAAUGUGGAGUCGGAAAAAUACUGUAACAGAAGAAAUACCACGAGAGCCGAUAGUCUGCCCACCAAGCAAUUCUUCCAGAGGAACUCGUUGCUGACCGAUCUGUACGAAAUCAAACACAUUCGCACGAUCUACAAUGUCAUAAUAUCGACCCUGAUAAUUCUGAUGAUGUACACUGCCAUAUACGACAUUCGAAACACGGGAUCGCCUAAUCUCGCUAUCGGUACGGUUCGACGUGGCUUUGCCAAACUACCGAUAGUACUAUGCCUCUGGGCGAUUAUGAAAGGCUCGUCGUUAAGUGUUUACGCCGCCUUCCAUUACUGGGCCACGCGACGCUUUAAAUGGGCGCCAAAAUCGUUUGCCAGGGUUCUUUGGGACUAUUCGUGGCUAGCAACCAUGAUGCUAUAUUACACCAUGUUCAUGGUGCUUCCAGCGAGAGCAGUCCUUCACGAAGACCUGCCAGUAGCGUCCACCAUGAUCGUACUUAUGGAACAAAUACGAUUGGUGAUGAAGACUUAUGGUUUCGUGAGACACAUGGCGCCUAAGUUUCUCGCCUACAAGCCACACUCGGAUGAACCGGAACCGAAAAUCCCAAACUUCUCCAAGUUUCUUUACUUCAUGUUCGCCCCGACUUUAAUCUACCAGGACCGCUACCCUAGGGCAAGCAUGAUUCGAUGGAACGUAGUUCUGAUCAAUUUCGCCGAGGUAGUGACGAUCAUCUUUUUCGUGGCGAUCGUGUACGAGCGAAUAUUAGAACCGACGUACCAGAAUUUCGGAAAGGAACCGGCGGAACUCGGAAUAAUGGCUCUGAAUAUGAUCUACUCGACAUUACCUGGAAUCCUCCUCUUCCUCAGCGGAUUCUACUGCCUUUUGCACUCAUGGAUGAACGCAUUCGCCGAGCUGCUACGAUUCGCUGACAAAAUGUUCUACAAAGACUGGUGGAAUUCGAGCAGCUACAGCACGUAUUAUCGCACCUGGAACAUCGUCGUCCACGAUUGGCUCUACACGUACAUCUACAAGGACAUGUACGAGAUCCUGACAGCGCGAAACAGGAUGCUGUCUACCUGCGCUGUGUUCGUCAUUUCGGCCUUCGUCCACGAGUACAUCCUUUCCUUCACGUUUCGAUUCUUCUACCCUGUGUUGUUGCUCAUUUUCGGUGGCAUGGGGCUCACCAUACUCUUCUUCCUGAGAUCGGCCGGGAAUGUCUUCUUAUGGUUCACUUUGAGCGUUGGCAACGGAGCGUUGGUCAGCCUGUACUGCAUGGAGUACUUCGCAAGAAUCAAUUGCCCUCCCAUUCACGACGACAUCUUCAAUUUCAUAAUCCCGAGAAGCUGGGUGUGCCUCUUUGACUGACCGAUCGAAAGUAUUUUUUUUUUCUUUCUUUUUUUCUUGCACACCUAAAGUAACAGUUGCGUAAAAAUUUGUAUGGAAAAAUACGAUUACGAGUCAAUAAAACGGAGGGCAUUUUCUUGCGACUAGUAUUAAGAUUGAAUGGUUCAAAAAUAGGAGGGAAGUGUAGUCUUUAUGAAUAUUGAAGACGACGAACGAAACAAGCAUAAUGAUCCAUUAUCCAUCUUCGAUAUUUGUAAAGAUUGUUUUCUAUCCUCGACGUUUACAAAGAUGCAAGUUCGUCUUCAAUAAUUA